AGUUCUGGGAUGCAGGACACGGUUGUUGAAAACGGUGCUGGGGAUUCUACUGCGCCAAAGAAGUUAAAGAAGAAGAAGCGCAGGCUAAAAGAAGAGGUGAAACAGUGGGAGGAAAGCAGACGUUGUUGCGCUGACGACCAGAGGAGCGACACGGAACCAGUGGAGCCCCUUAAGAAGGCCACCGUGGAGAGCACCGGUGGGCCCACACACUGCUGCAUUGACCGAAGCCAACAGUCCACAGUUUUACCCCUUCCGUUUUUAGCAUAACCCAUUCGUGAAAACUUUUCUAAACUCAUACCCUAAUAUGGUUUCAGGACUUGAACUCCUGUGGGCGAUAUCUCUUGAUUAGGCUCUAUCCUUGUUUUGCAUUAUUAUGUAAAUUAUGUAUACAUUAUUAUAUUUCCCAGGGCUCACAUUUUGUUUUGUGUUUGCUCUUUUUGUUGCAUCUGCAAAUGUUGUCAGGGUUUUUUGGGGGAUCAAAAAGGGGUGUGGUAACUACAUUUUAGAGGCCCUCCCUCUUGGUGGUAUAGGAAAAAUAAAUGACGGCGGUUUUCUGCAAUUCUACAUAUUUCUCCAUAGAGCUGAGAAAUUGUUUCAGUUUUAAAGCUAGUUUCGUGUGAUUCUAUGCAUUUUGCCAUGGUUAAUGCUGUUCUUUUGCUCAGACUUAAUAAAUGCUGCUAAAUUAUUUUUGGGGGGAAUUUUCAAUUCUUCCUCUGUCUAGCUUUUAUGUUGGUGAUUGUUAGUUCUCAAAGAUUAUAUUAUAUAAAACAAUAUAGGUCCAUUGUCUUUACUACAUACUUAAAAUCUGGUUUUAGUUGUCUCUGGUUGUGAAUGUUUCACCUCAGAAAAUACACCCCUGUGCUAACUCUACUCCCUCCCCCCCACCAUAGCUGGAGUGAUCGUGUGGGACAGCCAGGUUAAGGAUGGCUACAAGCGCUCCAAGGCCCCCGCAGUAGAGGAUGGGCCUGGGGAUGUGCCCCGCCCAGCCCCCAUGGCCUGGGACGGCAAGAGGAGUGGGGGAGUGGUGGAGGAGCUCCUGAAGAACUCUUUGGACAAAGCCUACGGAACCCAAGGUGAGAUCUAGAACUUGAUAAAACAUUCUCAAGGUUACACUUUACCUCCAGUGAAGUCAAGAAAUUGUUGUAUUUGGCUGUGAUGACUGAGGUGUGUGUGUGUGUGUGUGUGUCCAGUCCUCAGCUGGGAGGGAGAGGCGUCUGCCAUCAGUAGGGAUGCCAUUGAUGACACCCGUGAUGCCAGAACAGACACCGUGAUCGACGAGUGGGACGAGGACUUUGACAGUGGAAAGGUGAGAGGGCACCUACAGGCACACAAGCCCAUCUAAAGCUGUUUUGACAUAGUGAUUGUUUUCUACAGAAGACAUUAUGUUAAAGGAAUAGUUCACUUUUAGUUUUUGCGUAUCUUUGAAUUACCUAGGGUGCUGUUUCAAUUUCUUUCCCGGUUAUUUAGCAACAUCCUGAGUCUCCUGGCCUUGUUUUAGGAACUUGUAACAAUACUAGUGGAAACUGAAUGAACCAGUUAGCUGCAUUCUAAAGCAUGGGUUAAGGGCUCCUUCUGCCUUAACUAUUCCCACUCUUUCUCGUUGCCUUUGAAUGCACCGCUAACUGGUUCCGGCACGUUUUACCUCUGGUCUUAACAUUUCGUGUGUGUGUGUGUGUGUGUGUGUGUGUGUGUGUGUAUAUGAACAGGUGAAAAAAAUGAAAAAGUAUAAGCGAGAGAAGAGGAGGAGCGGCAAUAUCUUCCAGAAGAUCCAGGACCGGCGUAGCAUGUGGUCGGUCACACCCGGUGCUAAGAAGACCGGCUUUGGAUACCGUCACUGA